AUGGCCCAGGACGAAACCAAAACGGCGCCUCCUGCAGAAUGGCUCAGCGUCUCUCUACGACAGCCGGAACCAUUCGACUUCUCCAACGCAGCAAAAGUUUGCCGCUCACGCAAAUCGCAAGGGAAACGAAAGAAGCUUGCAUCCAUCAAUCUGCACACCCUCGAGUCGCCAGCAAACGCGAAGUACAUCGACGUCACGGUGGACAACUACACGGCUUCGUUCAAAGUGGACUCUGGGGCAGAGGUUUCGGCAGUGCCACAUGACUUUCCCAACCUGCCUUCGAAGCUCGAUCGCGUUGAUAACCAGCUAACUGGCCCAGGGAACCAGCCGCUGCGAGUACUUGGCUCUUACACUGCGCAACUCAUCUGGCGAGGCAAGACCAGCGCUCAACGCCUGUACGUCAUCCAGUCGCUCACCGUACCGUUACUGGGUUUCCCUGCCUUACAAGCACUACAAGUAGUGAAGUUCCUCGGCGGCGUUGACACUACCGCUGUUCAGACGCCUCAACCAGAGCUUCAUGCAAAGUUGUUUUCCGGGCUGGGGACCUUAAAGGAAGAGUACACUAUUCGACUGAAGCCGGAUGCAGUGCCCUUCUCGCUGAGUGCUCCUCGACGUAUUCCGAUUCCGUUACAAGGAGAAGUCAAAAGUCAGCUCGAUAAGAUGGAAGCUGAGGGAGUUAUCCGACGCAUUGACAAACCUACACCUUGGUGUGCUGGACUAGUGGUAGUCCCCAAGUCCUCGGGCGGCUACAGACUUUGCGUCGACUUGACUCGCCUCAACGAAGUCGUGCUUCGUGAAAGACACAUCCUACCCACCGUCGAGCAAGUUCUCGGUCUACUGGGUAACGCAACGGUCUUCUCGAAGUUAGACGCAACGUCCGGCUUUCACCAAGUGAAGUUGGCCGAGGCUUCUCAAGAGCUCACUACAUUUGUAACGCCUUUCGGACGUUACUGCUUUUGUCGCCUCCCUUUCGGUAUAACUUCCGCCCCUGAGUAUUUUCAGAAACAAAUGGCAAGGAUACUAGACGGGCAGGAAGGGGUUGCGAACAUGAUCGAUGAUGUCCUGGUUUUUGGACGGGACAAGAAAGAGCAUGAUCUCCGCUUGCAACAAGUACUUUCUCGUCUGGAAAAGGCAGGAGUCACACUCAACUCAUCAAAGUGCAAGUUCGGCGUCUCGGAGGUCUCUUUCCUAGGUGUCAUCGUUUCGGCGGAAGGCAUCAGGCCAGAUCCCGCUAAGCUCGAGGCUCUACGCUCAAUGGAGCCGCCCGAAGAUGUCGCAGCUGUACGCCGUCUCCUUGGCAUGGUUAACCAUCUGGCUCGGUUCCUUCCCCAUAUUUCGGACGUUACUGCUCCUCUGCGCAUCCUCCUGAACAAGAAUACAGCUUGGACGUGGCAGCACGAUCAGGAAGCCGCCUUCCAAAAGGUCAAAGAUCUUCUCACAUCCGACCGGUGUAUGGCAAAGUAUCACCCUGCUUUCCCAACAACCAUCUCAACGGAUGCCAGUUCUUUCGGUUUAGGCGCAGUGCUGCUACAAAUCCAACCUUCAGGGGAGCGCAGACCGGUGGCUUUCGCAUCCAGAUCCAUGACUCCUACGGAGCAACGUUACAGCCAAACCGAGAAGGAAGCCUUGGCUGUAACAUGGGCGGUGCAGCGGUUCGACGAGUUUGUACGUGGAAUCAAGUUCGAAGUCGAAACUGACCACCAGCCGCUAGUAUCACUGUUUGGAAAAAUGGAACUGGACAUGCUUCCGCCCCGAAUCCAAAGGCUUCGCCUGAAACUGAUGUGUUACCAGUUUUCCGUGCUUUACGUUCCAGGAAAGCUGCUCGCCACCGCCGACACGCUGUCUCGGGUACCCCCUAAGAAGUCUAGUCCCGUGGACCUUAUAGAGCUCUUCGCAGCUGAUGCUGUCGCUUGCAGCUCCGAGGUUCUACCGAUAAAUGUAGACGACUUGAAAAGAGCGCAGAACUCUGAUGGCGAGUGCCAGAUUCUGGUAACUUAUGUCCAACGAGGGUGGCCUCAGAAAAGCAAAAUGCCACUUCACCUUACGAGGUAUUACUCAGCUGCCAACGAAAUCUCAAUAUGUGAUGGCCUUCUACUUAAAGGCACCUGCAUUAUCGUCCCUCCUGAACUGAGACCGUCUGUGUUGACACUUCUCCAUGAGGGGCACCAAGGUAUCAAUCGCUGCAAGGCUAAGGCCCGUGAGUGCGUAUGGUGGCCGGGCAUCUCUGCGGACAUCACUGCAUUAGUCUCCAAGUGCGAACGAUGCACCUCAAUGCGUGCAAACCCUGCGGAACCUCUCAUUCCGACUACCCUACCCGGAACUCCAUGGGAAGUCUUGGGCAUGGACCUGUGCCAUUGCAACGGACAGACUUUCUUAGUGGUCGUGGACUAUUACUCGCGAUACCCGGAAGUUGUGACGCUCAGACGCACUACGGCGGGAGUGAUCAGAGAGAUCCUCAAGAGCUUGUUUGCUAGACAUGGCAUUCCCAGGAUCGUCAGAUCCGACAAUGGACCACCCUUUUCCUCACACGAGAUGGCUGCUUUCGCACGGUCCUAUGGGUUUCAACUCAUAACAAGCAGCCCUCACUACCCUCAGUCAAAUGGGGAAGUGGAGAGAAUGGUGCAAAUAGUCAAGAACUUGUUCUCAAAAGCCACCGACCCCUAUCUCGCUCUCCUGGAUUAUCGAGAUACACCCGGCAAGAGCGGAUACUCUCCUGCACAACUAUUAAUGGGAAGGCAGCUGAGGACAAGGCUACCAAAGACAGAAGAGUUGCUCCAACCAGUGUGGCCGGUGCCAGAGCACGUAGCCGAAAGAGAUAAAGCCAACAAAAAGCGUUACGAAAAGGAUUUCAAUGAUCAUCAUCGCGCUCGACCAUUGCCACCCCUAGAACCGGGGAACAGAGUUUGGGUACGCCCAGAUGAUUUACAGGCAACAGUACUGAGCCAGGCUCAGCGCCCAAGGUCAUACGUCGUAGAGACAGACGAAGCUCGACUGCCCCGAGUAGGACUGAACACCUUACAGCGCAAGAAAGCGAAACUAGUGUUGUGCCCCCUAGCGGUCCUGCUGCCGAACAGGCCGGUGAGCAACGAGACGCUGACGGUUGUGAUCCCGUGGUUCGCACAAGAAGCGGUCGUCGGGUCGUUCCUCCAGACCGUUUGA